AUGGUCCUCAAAGUCUAUGGCUCUGCUAUGGCCACUUCCCGUGUCUUGGUCACGCUUCUGGAGAAGGAAUUACCAUACGAAUUUAUCCUCGUCGAUAUUGCAAAAGGUGAACAAAAGAGUGAGGGGUAUAAAAAGCUUCAGCCUUUUGGCAAGGUGCCUGCACUGGAUGAUGACGGAUUUCUGUUAUUUGAAAGUAGGGCUAUUUGCAAGUAUCUUGCUAAGAAGUAUCCUUCUGGAAAGAAGCUUAUCCCAGAAGAUGAUGCCGAGGCCUAUGGUCGCUUUGAACAAGCUUGUUCUGUCGAACAAAGCUAUUUUGCAGGCGCUUCCGAAACUAUAGGAACUGAACUUAUGAUUAAGCCGUACGGGCUACAAAGAAUGAAAGGUCUUGGUCUCCCUGACGAAGCAAGGGUCGCACAAGCUGAAAACGACCUUGAUACAGUUCUUUCUGUUUAUGACAAGAUCUUAGCUAGACAGAAAUAUCUUGUCGGAGACGAAUUGACUUUGGCAGAUUUGUUUCACUUGCCUAAUGGAGCGGCCUUGAAAGCAGGUAAAUGGAAAGAGGUGUUCGAAAAGUAUCCGAACGUGGACAAUUGGUUCAAAGAAUUGCAAAAGAGAGAGAGUUGGGUGAAAGCUGCCACUGAAGCAGGAACGAUACCAUGA